AGUGAAAGUAAAUUUUUGCUCGUGUUCGGGACUUCAUGUAAAAUCGUGUGUGAAAGCGAAUCUGAAAUAUUGGGUAAAUUUCAAUAAUACACAAAAAGCAAGCAUGACGGACGUAGACGCGAAAGUGAACAUGUCUCUUGAUGAAAUCAUAAAAUUGGAGAAAAAGAAAAAGAGCGGAGUUUUCAGUGUCAAGGGAGGAGUAGAAAAAGCGAGAGGUGCUAAUACGCGAGCUCGAGGUGGUGGUCGGCAGGCUCGUCAAACAUCGAACAAACAAAACAUCGCAGGAUUCAAUAAGACUCAGGCUUGGCAGCGAUUUUCUAAUAAACUACGUGGAGGCUUUUUCAAGAAAAGGUAUAAUAAAAGAGGAGGUGGACUCAAUAGAUCCCGCAGCAACUUAACUCUGAACAGAAAUUUUAAAACUAAUACUAGGGGGGGAUUUGAGGCGAAUCAUAGAUUCGCAGGCAACAAAUUUGGUUUAAUUCGGAGUGGAAGUCGAUCAAAUUUGUCCUUAGGCCAAGGUAGAUUCUUGAGCGUCAGAAGUUCUAUAAAGAAGACCAACAGUAUGCCAAAUUUGAGAGAUCCAACUUCAGUUCAUAAUCGAUUGGGUUACCAAAGUCCAGCGCAGAUCGCUUAUCGAAAUCGAGUCAAGAGAGCCAAACAACUUUUGCUGCAACGACAGAAUCAGAGAAUGAAUCUACAAAAUGACUUCAGGGUGGGGGACGCUUUAAAGUCUUUAACAUCACUACAUCAGAGAGCAUUAGAACGACCGCAACAAAUUAUAACAUCCCAGCGUCGUGUUAGCACCGGUGGACUAAGGUCGGAUCAAAUAGUCCGGGCACAGAGACGAGCAAAAUAUGAAAAUAAGCUUAUGAGACUUAACUCAGCUCAAAUGAACGCAAUUUCGAACGUCAACUUCACAUGCACUUUAGGACCUGAGUUUUCUCCCGAGAUUCGACAACGUUCGCUCAGUUUGUCGCAGAGAAAAAACGAUGAAAUGAUGUGUAAUCUGCAGCGUCUACCUAGGGGAAGAUCAGCAUUCAGGCUGAAUAUGCAAAAUCUCAACAUGUUUGGCCGUAAUCAACAAUUCAGUCAACAGAGGCGCUCGAGGCCACGUUCGCGAUCUCGCAACCGCGGAAUUCCAGCCGUGGAUCCAACACUUAACCUGGAUGACCGCAGCUUUAGUGAAGUCAUGUACAGCCUCUCCGGCAACCUCGGAGUCACGGGAAGAACUCUCAACGACCGAUUUAGUUUCUAAGUGGCGACGAAUUUUUCUAAGCAAAAUGCAUUAUAUUUAGAUUUACUACCUAUAAAGACUUACGAAUAUAGAGAAAAACUAUGCUUAAGUUUUAAGGAGCAAGUUCGUCUAUUUUGAACUCUGGUUUAUUUAGCACUAAAAACCAAACAUCUUAUUGAUAAAUAACCAAAAUUUAAAAAUCUGUUUAAAACACAUGGAGUAUAAUUUUUAAUUAAGCACCAAAUUUAAUGUGAUUCAAUCCAACCUACUGGGAUUUAGUGCAGAUGCUAGGAGUUGUUUGAGUUCACCUCAGUGUUUCUCUUCAGAAACUAAACUUUAAACUAAUAUCGGUACUGAAAACGGACCAAUUAUGGAACGCAAACCAAGUCCAGGGCUUAAUUUCUCCCAAAUAUUUUGUAGCAAAUUACAUACAAUAGAGUAUCAGAUAAAAAUAUACUUCCAAACAUCAAUAUUUCUGACUAAUUAGGUACAAAAAGUAUAUACCAAUGAAAAAGAGGGAUUAAAAGAGAAGAGUGAAGAGAGUAUACCAAAACCACAUUCCACUAGCUUCCUUAAUCCUUCGCCAUCUUUUUUAGACUGUGAGUAAGACAUCGUUCAAUGCCAAUUUAGACCUCGACAGGAAAAUCUUUUUAAUUGAUCUUGAAACAUAUAUUCUCCGUAUAAAAAUACGGAGGAAGAGAGUGAGAGGUGGUGUUCCCUUUUUCUCACAUUUUUUUAUUGUUAUGUAGUUAUUUUGUUUAACAAGCCUGAAACAUUGACUUUUAGAAGAAUGUUGUUCUCUGAUACUUCAUUUUUUGCAAUUUGUUACAUAAGAAGGUUUAGUUAGAAAUUAUAAUAUGAAAAUAUCAGUUAGUAUUAUAAAGUACGUGUACGAAUCGUAAGGCAUUAAUUUUUCUCGCCCUUUCCACUAAUCGUGAGCUUUUUUUCAAAAUAAAAGUAUUUGACCUUUAAAUAUGAAUAUUAAUGUAGUACAUUGCUUGACUUGUAAGAACUGACGGCCUUUUUAAAAUGAGCGCAAUGUUUUUGUAAUGAGUCGUAGGUGAAGCCAUUCACAGGAGUCACGCACUGUCAACCAGUCUCUCUCAAACGUUAAGAAAAUAUGGAGACACGCAAAUAGAUCUCCUUUUUUUUAACUCUGAUGUUAAACCGUACUUACUUGAUGUUAAACCCUACUUACUGAACCCUCAACACGGGCGCGCAUGCGCAAGGGUCAUUCUGUAUACCCGAACACUUCAAACUUAUCUUCGCCAAUGAAAAGUUAAAUUUUACUUUUUAAUUUUAAAGUACUUGAAGAAAAACGUCCAAGCUUUUAUUCUAGCCUAAAGCAAAUUUAAGACUAAUUGUCAUAUUACAAAAUUCAAAUUUAUUUUCGACUUUCAUUUAUGAAGGUCCGAUAUUUAGUUUUUCAAAAAAUUGUUAUGUUAAAUGAAAGGGGCAUAUAAAUCCCUAUCGAUAUUGCAGUAGACAACAUUUUUUAUUUCGAAUCAAAUAGCUAAGAAUCUCCAAAAAAAGGUUGCAUAUUCUUAAAAAUAUAACCAUAACCAAUCCAAUAGAUAAAUACUUUACCCGAGCCUCACUGAGAGCAGACAAAUUUCAUUUUUCGAAUAAUGCUCCAUAUACAGGGUGUCUUAUCACCUCUGUGCCAGCAGGUGGUGGCUUGCGGCGGCUGACGUAACACUUUCGCCCAGGGCACACCUACAUGUAACUUUGUUGCUCUGUAGUUGCUAAACAAAGUACCGCAGAACAUCCUUUCAUUUGACUUUGUCUUAUUUUCUAUUUGUGGUUGCCGGCAGACACAGAGGUGGUGAGACGCCCUGUAUAUGUACUUCGUAAUAGUAACUUAAAUUUUCCAAAAAAUUAUAAGAAAUACAUUAUAACUUCCAAUCAAACCUUCCCAUGUAACAAAUAACAUCAGGUGAAGUAUCAAAGAAAAACAUGCAUCUAAAAAUCAAUAUUUACGGAUUUUUAUAUUGUUUAAUUUAUGAUUGGAUAUAGGAUUUUAUGACCCUGCUAAGUUUUUCAAAGUAGAUCUGAAUGAUUUGAUUUGCAGUUUUAAACAUAGGACUAUAUGACGUGCCAAGACGAAAGGGACCUUAGGGUUAAAAAAUCGAUUUUCAGGUUUUUCAUGGUAUUGAUGGUUUUUAAAUCGUUCUUUCAUAUUGAGAAGGAAUUAAAUUUUUAUCUGCAAAAUUGAAAUUGCUAUUAUGCUGAAAAGUCAGCAGUAGUCGAACGCGACUUUGUCCCUGAGAGCAGUUGUCGAACAUUGCUUACUUACAAGAAGUAAUUGAGGUACUUAACAAUAUUUGAAUAAAUAUGAGAUGUGAGAGACAUUCGAAAUAAUUAUGGUUUAUUUAAAUAAAUAUCUGUUUAAAUAACUUACAUGUAAUUAAACAAAAAAAAAUACAAAAUUUAAGGAAAAUAAACAAUUUGUACCAUUUUCACAAUCAAAUUAUUCAACAAUUCUUCAAAAUAUCUAGUAAAAAUAGAAUCUACUGUAAAACUAGACGGUAUAUCCGAAAACCCCCAAAAAACUAAAAAAA